AACUCGUGGUUUUUGGAGAGAUGCUGUUGGACGGAACAAUGGGAGUGAAAAUACUGACGUUUUUGUCUUUCUGCUUUUGGAGCUCGACGCUUGGACACAUCAGCUACUCUGUUCCGGAGGAAUUACCUAAAGGUUAUGUUAUUGGGAACAUUGCAAAGGAUUUGGAGGUUGACAUAAAGAGGUUAAAAUCGAGAAAGGCGCGAAUUUUUACGCACGAAACGGGUGAAUAUGUGGAACUGAACAACGAAAAGGGAGUGCUGCUAAUCAAAGACAGAAUAGACCGAGAGGCGCUGUGUGGACAAGAGGAGAUGUGCACGUUACAGUUUCAGAUUAUUCUAGAGAAUCCUAUGGAGAUUCACAGUGUUACUGUCGAUAUAAAAGACGUGAAUGAUAAUUCACCUUUCUUUGAAAAGGACAAGGUUCAUUUCAAAAUAAGUGAGUCUGCUGUGAAUGGGGCUAAAUUUAUAUUAAGCCGUGCAGUUGAUUAUGAUGUCGGAGUGAACGGUUUGCAGACGUAUAGGCUCGAACCAAGAGACAAUUUUGAAAUCAAAUUAUAUGAUCAAGCAGACGGAUCUAAAAAUGUUGAGAUGGUUUUAGUGAAACCUCUCGACAGAGAAAAGAGUGAGCACUUGUCUUUAGUGCUGACCGCGUUAGAUGGAGGAGAGCCGCAGAUGUCUGGAACAAUGCAGAUUCUAAUAACUGUCUUAGAUGCCAAUGACAAUGCUCCUGUUUUUACAAAUCCCAUUUAUAAAGCGUCCAUAAAGGAGAAUGCGCCACUCGGAACAGUAGUGACGACAGUGACCGCUACAGACGCAGAUCAGGGCUCUAAUGGGAAAAUUACCUACUCCGUGUCAAAUAUGCCAGAUAAUGCGCGCGGAUUAUUUGAAAUAAAUCCAGAAAAUGGUGAAAUUGUGCUUAAAGGAGGUAUUGAUUAUGAAAAGGCCAAAACAUUUCAAUUGAGUAUCCAAGCAAGUGAUGAAGGAGGCUUAGUGGAUUCAUGUGAGGUAAUUGUGGACGUCACAGACGUGAAUGACAACAUGCCCACUAUACACGUGUUGUCCAAAAUAAAUAGUUUAACAGAGAAUGCGCAGCCUGGGACAGUUGUUACGAUGAUAAACAUCCGCGAUGUAGAUUCUGCUGAAAAUGGGAGGGUGCAGUGCUUUAUCAAUGAUAAUGUUCCAUUUGAGUUAAAAUUUACGAACAAUGAUUUCUAUAGUUUAGUGUCAGAUGGUAAUUUAGACAGAGAGCAGGCGUCAGAAUACAACAUCACAGUCACGUGUUCAGAUGAGGGCGUGCCCUCUCUCUCCAGCAGCGUCACUCUCACAUUACACAUCUCUGACGUGAAUGACAACGCGCCUGUCUUUGACAGGAGCUCGUAUGAGGCCUACAUUGUAGAAAACAACAGCCCGGGCCUCUCUAUAUUCACAGUGAAAGCCACAGACGCUGACUGGAACCAGAACGCGCGUGUCUCUUACAUACUGGAGGACUCCUCUGUUAACGGAGUGCCAGUCUCCUCAUAUGUGUCCGUUAAUGCAGAUAGUGGAGUCAUCCAUGCAGUGCGCUCCUUUGACUACGAGCAGAUUAAAGAUUUCCAGUUGUGCGUAAAAGCGCAGGACGGAGGAUCUCCUCCUCUCAGCAGCAACGUGACUGUGAAAAUCCUGGUUCAGGACCAGAACGACAACGCCCCUCAGGUGCUGUACCCAGUCCAGACUGGGGGCUCUCUGGUGGCUGAGAUGGUGCCUCGUUCAGCAGAUGUGGGCUAUCUGGUCACUAAAGUGGUGGCUGUGGAUGUGGACUCUGGACAGAAUGCCUGGCUCUCCUAUAAACUGCAGAAAGCCGCAGACAGGGCGCUGUUUGAAGUGGGCUCACAGAAUGGAGAAAUUAGAACUAUCCGCCAAGUGACUGAUAAAGAUGCAGUGAAACAGAGACUGACUGUUAUAGUGGAGGACAACGGGCAGCCCUCUCGUUCAGCUACAGUCAUUGUUAACGUGGCGGUGGCGGACAGCUUUCCUGAAGUACUGUCUGAGUUCACUGACUUUACGCACGACAAGGAGUACAAUGACAACCUGACUUUUUACUUAGUGCUGGCUCUGGCUGUAGUCUCCUUUCUGUUCAUCACGUGUGUAGUCGUCAUUAUAUCAGUGAAAAUCUACAGAUGGAGACAGUCUCGCAUCCUGUAUCACUCCAAUCUGCCAGUGAUCCCAUAUUAUCCUCCACGUUACUCAGACACUCUGGGCACAGGGACCCUCCCACACGUGUACAAUUACGACACGUGCAGGACCACAGACUCCAGAAAGAGUGACUGUAAGUUUGGCAGAGCUGGUAGUCAGAACGUGCUGAUAAUGGAUCCCAGUUCAACAGGGACGAUGCAGCGGAUACAGAGCGAGAAGAGCAUCCUGGACGAACCAGACUCUCCUCUCGAGGUCAGACAUUUGUAA